AUGAGAUCCUCCGUGUCUCGGCAGACUUACUCCACCAAAGGAGCCUUCAGCUCCAGCUCAGCCAGUGGUGGGGGUGGCUCCCGGGCCCGCACCAGCUUCAGCUCGGUGACUGUGUCCCGGAACAGUGGCAGCGGCGGGGGGCCCCGCUGUGGCCCCAGCAUGGGUGGCUUUGGGAGCCGGAGCCUCUAUAACUUGGGGGGCAGCAAGAGCAUCUCGGUCAGCAUGGCUGGAGGGGCCUCGGCGGGGCGAGCAAUGGGAGGCUUCGGCCUUGGCGGCGGGGCCUACAUGGGCCUGGGGGCUAGCAGGUCGACGCUGGGGCCCGUCUGUCCUCCUGGCGGCAUCCAGCAGGUGACCGUCAACCAAAGCCUGUUGACCCCCCUCCACGUGGAGAUCGACCCGGAGAUCCAGCGGGUGCGCAUGGAAGAGCGGGAACAGAUCAAGACCCUCAAUAACAAGUUCGCCUCCUUCAUCGACAAGGUGCGGUUCCUGGAACAGCAGAACAAGGUGCUGGAGACCAAGUGGGCGCUGCUGCAGGAGCAGGGUCAGAAAUCAGGUGUCACCAGGAACAAUCUAGAGCCCUUCUUUGAGCGCUUCAUCAACAACCUGCGGGGGAAGCUGGACAACCUCCAGAGCGAGCGGGGGAGGCUGGACUCGGAGUUGAGGAAUGUGCAGGAUCUUGCUGAGGACUUCAAGACCAAGUAUGAGGAUGAAAUCAACAAGCGCACUGCCGCAGAGAACGAGUUUGUGGUCCUUAAGAAGGAUGUGGAUGCUGCAUACAUAGGCCGAAUGGAUCUGCAUGGCACGGUGGACCACCUGGUGGAAGAGAUGGACUUCCUGAGGCAUCUCUAUGAAGAGGAGCUGAGCCAAGUGCAGACUCACGUGUCUGACACCAGUGUCGUCCUCUCCAUGGACAACAACCGCAACCUCGACCUGGACAGCAUCAUCGCUGAGGUGAAGGCCCAGUAUGAGCAGAUUGCCCAGAGGAGCAGGGCUGAGGCUGAGUCCUGGUACCAGACCAAGUAUGAGGAACUGCAGGUGACCGCUGGGAAGCAUGGGGACAACCUGAGGGACACCAAGAAUGAGAUCGCUGAGCUCACCCGUAGUGUGCAGAGGCUGCAGGGGGAGGCAGAUGCAGUCAAGAAGCAGUGCCAGCAGCUGCAGACUGCCAUCGCGGAUGCGGAACAGCGCGGGGAUCUGGCCUUAAAAGAUGCUCAGAAGAAACUUGGGGACCUGGAUGCUGCCCUGAAUCAGGCCAAGGAGGACCUGGCUCGGCUGCUGCGUGACUACCAGGCGCUCAUGAACGUCAAGCUGGCCCUGGACGUGGAAAUUGCUACCUACCGCAAGCUGCUGGAGAGUGAGGAGAGCAGGAUGUCUGGAGAAUGUCCCAGUGCUGUCAGCAUUUCGGUGACGGGCAACUCCACCACUGUGUGCGGAGGCGGCGCGGCUGGCUUCGGGGGUGGCAUCUCCCUGGGUGGGGGUGGGGGUGGUGGCGCCAGCAAGGGCAGAUUCAGCACAAAUGGUGCUGGCUUCGGGGCUGCAGGUGGCUUUGGGGCUGCUGGAGGUUUUGGGGCUGCUGGAGGUUUCGGCUCUGGUUUUGGUGCCGGCGGCUUUGGCGGUGGAUUCGGGGGCUCCUUUGGUGGACGAGGUGGUGCUGGCUUCCCGGUCUGCCCUGCUGGAGGGAUUCAGGAAGUCACCAUCAACCAGAGCCUGCUGACCCCACUCCAUGUGGAGAUCGACCCUGAGAUCCAGAAGGUCCGGACUGAGGAGCGUGAGCAGAUCAAGCUCCUCAACAACAAGUUUGCCUCCUUCAUUGACAAGGUGCGGUUCUUAGAGCAGCAGAACAAGGUGCUAGAAACCAAAUGGAAACUCCUCCAGCAGCAGACGACUACCACAUCUGUCAAAAACCUCGAGCCCUUCUUUGAGGCCUACCUCCAUGCCCUGAGGAAGCAGGUGGAUACCUUAGCCAACGACAAGGGACGCCUGCAGUCUGAGCUGAAGAUCAUGCAGGACACUGUGGAGGACUACAAGACCAAGUAUGAAGAUGAAAUCAACAAACGCACAGCUGCUGAAAAUGACUUUGUGGUCCUCAAGAAGGAUGUGGAUGCUGCCUACAUGAACAAGGUGGAGCUGGAGGCCAAGGUGGAUGCCCUCAAUGAUGAGAUCAACUUCCUGAGGGUCCUCUAUGCUGCGGAGCUGUCCCAGAUGCAGACCCAGGUGAGCGACACAUCCGUGGUCCUCUCCAUGGACAACAACCGCAACCUGGAUCUGGACAGCAUCAUUGCUGAGGUCCGGGCCCAGUACGAGGAGAUUGCCCAGAGGAGCAAGGCCGAGGCCGAGGCCCUGUACCAGACCAAGGUCCAGCAGCUUCAGAACUCAGUGGACCAACAUGGAGACAGCCUGAAGAACACCAAGAAUGAGAUUUCAGAGCUUAACAGGUUGAUCCAGAGGCUGCGGGCUGAGAUCGAGAACGUCAAGAAGCAGUGCCAGACUCUGCAGGGAUCUGUGGCUGAUGCAGAGCAGCGUGGGGAGGUGGCCCUAAAAGAUGCCUACAGCAAGCGCACAGAGCUAGAGGCCGCCCUGCAGAAGGCCAAGGAGGAGCUGGCCCGUGUGCUGCGAGAGUACCAGGAGCUCCUGAGCGUCAAGCUGGCCCUGGACAUCGAGAUCGCCACCUACCGCAAGCUGCUGGAGGGCGAGGAGUGCCGCCUCUACAACCUGGGUGGCAAUAAGAGCAUCUCCAUCAGCAUGGCUGGCGGCUCCCGGGCUGCUGGUGGUUUUGGUGGACCUGGUGGUUUUGGAGGACCCGGUGGUUUUGGAGGACCUGGUGGCUUUGGCCCUGGUGGCUUCCCUGGGGGAAUCCAGGAAGUGACUGUCAACCAGAGCCUCCUGCAGCCCCUCAAUGUGGAGAUCGACCCCCAGAUUGGGCAAGUAAAAACCCAAGAGCGGGAGCAGAUCAAGACCCUCAACAACAAGUUUGCCUCUUUCAUCGACAAGGUACGGUUCCUGGAGCAACAGAACAAGGUCCUGGAGACCAAGUGGAGCCUGCUCCAGCAGCAGGGCACACAUCACAUCACAGGCACCAACAAUCUCGAGCCCCUUUUUGAGAACUACAUCAACUCCCUGCGGAGCUACCUGGACAGCAUUCUGGGGGAGAGAGGCCGUCUGGACUCAGAGCUGAGGAACAUGCAGGACCUAGUGGAAGACUUUAAGAAGAAAUAUGAGGAUGAGAUCAAUAAGCGCACAGCUGCUGAGAAUGAAUUUGUGACCCUGAAGAAGGACGUGGAUGCUGCCUAUAUGAACAAGGUGGAGCUUCAGGCCAAAGUGGAUUCCUUAACAGAUGAGAUCAAUUUCUUGACGACACUCUAUGAUAUGGAGCUGUCCCAGAUGCAGAGCCAUGUCAGUGACACAUCGGUGGUCCUGUCCAUGGACAACAACCGCAGCCUGGACCUGGACAGUAUCAUCGCCGAGGUCAAGGCCCAGUACGAGGAGAUCGCCCAGAGGAGCAAGGCCGAGGCCGAGGCCCUGUACCAGACCAAGUUGGGUGAACUGCAGACCACGGCUGGCAGGCAUGGGGAUGACCUGAAGAGCACCAAGAGUGAGAUCUCGGAGCUCAACCGGAUGAUCCAGAGGCUGCGGGCUGAGAUAGAGAAUGUCAAGAAGCAGAACGCUAAACUGCAGACGGCCAUUGCUGAAGCUGAGCAGCGUGGGGAACUGGCCCUCAAGGAUGCUAACGCCAAGCUCCAAGAGCUACAGGCCGCCCUUCAGCAGGCCAAGGAUGACCUGGCCCGGCUGCUGCGUGACUACCAGGAGCUGAUGAAUGUCAAGCUGGCCCUGGACGUGGAGAUCGCCACCUACCGCAAGCUGCUGGAGGGCGAGGAGUGCAGGAUGUCUGGGGAGUGCCAGAGUUCUGUGAGCAUCGAGAUGGUUCACAGCACGACCAGCAGCAGCAGUGGCGGCAGCGGCGCCCUGGGAGGAGGAGCUGGGGGUCGAGGAGGCCUGGGCAGCGGGGGUCUGGGGAGCGGCGGUCUGGGGAGCGGGGCUCUGGGCAGCGGAGGCCGGGGCAGCAGAGCCAGCCGCGGAGGCCUGGGCUUGGACGGCAGUUCCGGCGGGAGCUCAGCGGUGCGCGGGGGCGUCUCCAAUUCCGGGGGCUCGUGCGCCGUCAGCGGAGGUGGCGGUCGCAGCUCGGUCCGGGUCACACAAAGCUCCUCCCAGAGCCAGCGGUCCCAGCGCAAACUCUGA